AUGUCUGCCGUUCCCGGUCCUGUGUACGGGCUCGAGAUCCCGCCUGGCGAGAUCUUGAUCCCCGCUGGCACUGACUUCCCUGCCUCUUUCCGCAUCACCAUGGCUGCUGUCGACCCUACCCAGGAGCCUGAGGCGGACGAGAGUGGCAACAUCCCCAGCGUCCCUCGCUCUACCCUUCGCAUUGUCAAGCGCACCUUCCCGGGCCUCGACGAUGAGGAGGAUGAGGAGCUGGACGAGGAGGCCCUGCGCGCCUUGAUUGGCGAGAACAGCGAUGAUGAAGACUCUGAUGACGAGCCCAACGGCGGCCCCAGCGACCCCGCCAAGAGCAAGAAGCAGAAGCAGUCUGCCGCCAUUAAGGCGCUCCUCGCUGCUACCAACAGCGACGAUGAUGAGGCGAUGGAUGAUGCCAAGCCCAACGGCGCCUCCAAGUCCUCCAAGGCCAAGGGCAAGGCCCCCGCCAGCGACGACGAAGAGGAUGAGGACGACGAUGAGGACGACGACAGUGAGGAUGGCGGUGACAUGGAGGACUUUGUUGUCUGCACUCUCGACACCGAGCGCCACUACCAGCAGCCCCUCGACAUUACUGUCUCUCACAGCGAGCAGGUCUUCUUUGUCGUUUCCGGUACCCACUCUAUCCACCUGACCGGCAACUAUAUCAUGGCCGAUGAGGAUGAGGACGACGAGGAUGACGAGGACGAGUACGACCUCUCCCCUGAUGAGCUCGACUACACCAUGGGCGAGGACAUGGAUGAGGACGAGAGUGACGAGCUCGACGACGUUGACAACCCUCGCGUCACCGAGGUUGACUCCGAGGAGGAGGCCCCCAAGCUGGUCGAGGCCAAGAAGGGCAAGAACAAGCGCGCCGCCGAGGCCGAGUCGCUCGACGAGAUCAUGGCCGCCGAUGAGGCCAAGCUCUCCAAGAAGGACAAGAAGAAGCUCAAGAACAACAAGGGCGAGGCUGUCGCCGCCGCCGCCGAGGAGGCCAAGAAGGACAAGAAGGUCCAGUUCGCCAAGAAUCUCGAGCAGGGUCCUACUGGGUCCACUGCUGAGAAGGCCAAGGCCACCAAGGCCACCGUGGGCGUCAAGAAUGUCAACGGCGUCACCGUCGACGACCGCACCAUUGGCAGCGGUCGCACCGUGAAGAACGGCGACUCGGUCGGCGUUCGCUACAUUGGCAAGCUCUCUAACGGCAAGCAGUUUGACGCCAACAAGAAGGGCAAGCCUUUCACCUUCAAGGUCGGCAAGGGUGAGGUCAUCAAGGGCUGGGACGUGGGUGUCGUUGGCAUGGCCAUUGGCGGCGAGCGUCGUCUGACCAUCCCUGCUCACCUCGGCUACGGCUCGAGGGGCAUGCCCGGCAUCCCUGCCAACAGCCAGCUGACCUUUGAUGUCAAGCUGCUCGAGAUCAAGUGA